AUGGGAUCUUAUAUACAAGAUCUGGGUGAUGUUAAACCAUUUGGUUUAUCAUAUUUAAAUAAUAAUGAGAAUAAUAAUGACAAAAAUAUCAAUAUAAACAAUAAUAUAUCAUAUCAAUAUUAUUAUUUACAAAAUCCGCUAAAAUCAUGUUUUAAUGAAAACGAAAUUAUUUCCAACGAAAAAGAAGAGGGGAAUGAAGAAGAGGAGGAGGAGUUAAUUUUUUUAAAUAAUAAUUUUUCAGAAGAGCAUCAAUUAUUUUGGUAUAAUAACACAGUUGUAUGGAGUUCACAGUUAUCCAUAAAGAAGAAAUUUACACUACCAUUGCUCUUAUCAUCAAUGAUUUACCCAAAUAUCAAUAAUGCAAUAUGGUCACACUUCCCAUUUUUAAAGAGUCUUUCAACAGAGAAGCAAAUAAGCACAGCAUCGAAAAUUACAGCAACACCACCUACAGAUAGUCCAACUACAACAUCAAAUUUAAAUAACAUUGAUGAUUAUUAUAAAUAUUUAUGUAUAUUACAUAGUCAAGGAUUGAAUAUUUACAAUUCAAUCGGUAAUAGUUAUCAAAUUGUAUUACCAUGCAAAAUUUUAAAUAUAUGGAGCUCAAAAUAUGGUUUAAUAUUAGAAAGAGACAGUGGUUUAGAUAAUAUAGCGAUGGCCUCAACAAAUAAAGAUAAAACUGAAAUUCCAUCAAUAUUUAGUAUUUUAAAUCCUUUAGAAGAGUUAAAACCAGUAUUAUUGCUUUGUGACCAAGAAAAUGGUGAUCAAGAGUUCUUUUCAGAUACCAAUCAAACUAUUGUAUUUUCAAGUAACGAUUAUCCAAUUUUAAUAACUUUUUCAAAAGAUCAAAAUAUACAUAUAAUCUAUCAAGUUUCUCAUUUAUCUAGUCAACAACAACAACAACAACAGCAACAACAAAAUCAAAAUUUCAGUUAUAUUAAUCAAAAUAACCAAAAUAAAAAUUUUAUAUUUAAUAAUAAUGUAUCAGUAAAUGAUCAAAGUUUUGAUUAUGGUAAUAUAUCAAGUCAAAAAAUUAAUAAUACCAUUAAUAAUAAUAAUAAUGAAAAUAGUUUUAGAUUUUUAUCGCAAUUAAAUGAAGAUAAAAGUUAUAUUUUCGAAGAUGAUUUAGAGUUUAUAAUCAAAAGUGAAAUAAUGUUUACUCAAGUAUUAAAGGAUACCGAAAGAUUAAAAUCAAAAGAAAAAGCAUCAUCAAUUUUUAUAACACUGGACCAUAGCCAAAAACCUCUGCUCUGUAUUCAAAUGGGAUCAAAUUUACAUUGCUAUAGUAUAAUUUUAGAAAAUCAGAAACAAGAAUCCUUAACCAUAAAAUUUUCAUUCACUAUUCCAAAUAUUAAAUCAGCUUCACCAAUUUUUAUAGACUCAUUUUAUAAUAAUAAUGAAUACUCUGUUCCAAAGGGUAUAAACCAACCAUAUCUACCUCCAUUCACCCACAUUUUGGUUUUAAAUGAAAACUCGAAUUCAUUAUCAGUUUAUUGGGGUUCAUACAAAAUUAUAAAUAAUCUAUUAUUACAAAAUGAAAGCAUUGGGCCUCUAUACUUAAAAGACCCAGUAUUUAACAGAGUUACCAUUGUUUACUCUAAUAAAAAAGAAAUUAGAUACAAGGUUUCAAUAGGAGAUUCAUAUUUAGUAUCAUCAUGCUUUAGAGCUCUUUCAUCAUUCAUACCGUUGGAUUUACUCUCUUUGCUUUAUCAAGAUUAUUUUAAUUUCCAUAAUAGUAGAAUAAAUAAUGGUGACAGUUUUGAUGUUUUAGAAGAAAAAGAUAAAGAAUGGUUAUCAUUUCAAAUUUUAAUAAUAUCAUUAUUAGAAAAUUCAAAUAAUAAUAAUAAUAAUAAUAAAGAUAAUAAUUGUAAUAAUAGCGAGAAUAGUAAUGAUGAAGAUGAUUGGGAAUUUUUAUUAAAAAGUAGUUAUCAUCAAAAUUAUCAAAAAGGAUUAUCAUUUUUAUCAAAUAUCAAUAUUCCAGACAGUAAGAAUAAUAAUAGUUUAUUCAUUAAAUCAAAUACAACAUUUAAAUUUAAUACAAAUCCUACCGAGUUUUUAAAGAAUAUUUAUAAAGUAUUAAACUCCUUACAUUUACAAUAUGAGGAAUUUAAAAUACUUUCAUUCAAUGUGGAUUAUCUUAAUAGGUUAUCAAAGUUUUUAAUUCAAUUAGAUUAUUAUUAUAGAGAUUUCGCAGAUUUAAUCUAUUAUGUAAAUCAAUAUAAAGACCAACCAAAAUUAAUUAUAAAUAAUAAUAAUAGUUUUAAUAAUCACCCAUUCUCAAUUUAUAAAUUUAUAUAUAGUUCAUUUGAUAAAAAUCAACACCAACAAUCAUUACCAGAAAUUUCAAUACUUUUAUUAAAAUAUAAUUUUAAAUGGAUCUAUAAAAUAUUAAAACUAUAUUCAAUAAAUAAUAAUAAUAAUGAAAUAUACUAUAAUAUUAAAGAAAUUUCAGAAAGAUUAAUAUUAAAGAUGGUAAAUUUAGAAAUUAAAUUACAGGAUUUAAAUGCAAUUACAUUUGGUUUAUCAUUACCUCUCAGAGAAGCAAUUAGAUAUUGUAGAAAUAACCCACCAACAGAUUGGCCAUUAAAAGCAUACUUAUUAAUUGGUAGAGAGGAGUUAAUUUAUAAGUUUAGUCUUGAUGAUAUAAAUAGCCAAAAAGAUAAUUUAAAAAUUAAUCUUUUGUUAAUUUCAGGUGGUAAAAACCAGAUAUCUUCAUCAUCAUCCUAUUCAUCAUUGCUAUCAACAUCAAUUCAAAACACAUCAUCAAUUCCAGUUUCAGGUUCAGGCAAUAGUGGUGCUAUCAAUAAUAAUAGUGGACUUCUUAAUCAUAGAAUAGUUCUCAAUAGUGCAACUGCCAACGCCGAUGACUCAUUUGAUAUUUCAAAGGUAUUUAAUAGUCAAGAUGAAUAUUAUAAAAAGAUUACAUUUUUACGUUUUGAUACCGAUCUUAGAAUUCAUGAAGUUUAUCGUAUUUUAUCUUUUUCAAAUAAAAUUCAAAUUAAUCAUCCUCAAGAAAAUGGUGUUAGUGAUCACGAUUAUUUAACUCAACUUCAAUCAAAAUUAUUAUUAACAGUACAGAGAACAUUGUCAUUACCAAUUGGUUAUGGUAUGGUAACUAUUAGAUCAGUUAAACCUUUACCAACAGAAACCAUUAAUAUUCCACCAAUUAUUCUGAAUGGUGUAGUUUUAGGUACAAAAACCAAUAUUUCGUUGGAUGCAACUACUUUACCAGAGAAUAUGAUUAACUGGCCAGAAUUUCACAAUGGUGUUGCAGCAGGUCUAAGAAUAUCAGCUGACCAAACAGAAAUUACAAAUACAUGGAUCAUAUAUAAUAGACCAAAACAAUUUAAUCCAUCUUACUCUGGUUUAUUAAUGGCAUUGGGUUUACAAAAACGUCUUUCAUCUUUAGCUUUCACUAAAUUAUUUGAAUAUUUAGCCAGCGGUCAUCAAUUAACCAGUGUCGGUCUUUUGUUAGGUAUUUCUUGUACUAAAAUCGGUACUAUGGAUAUGUCAAUUGCAAAAGUGCUUAGUGUCCAUAUUCAAUCAUUACACCCACCACUUUCAAUUGAUUUAGAUGUUCCAAGUUAUGUUCAAAUUGCAUCAUUAAUGGGUAUCGGUUUGCUAUAUCUUGAAACAUCAAAUAGAAGAAUGACCGAGGUAUUGUUAAUGGAAAUUGGUAGAAAACCUACAAAUGAUAAACAAAUGGAACGUGAUAGCUAUAGUCUUACUGCCGGUAUUGCUUUAGGUUUUGUAAAUUUAGGUAAAGGUUCAAGUGAGUCCCAAAGUUCAUUAAGUGACCUCCAAAUUGAAGAUAGAUUAAGAUCAUACAUUGGUAUUAGCCAAGAAGAUUCAUUUGACCAAAUGUCAACAUUUUUCAAUCAAUCUUAUUCAUAUAAUAGCUCAUCAUUCUCUUCGAUGAAUAGAAAUAACCAAUUCUUCAACAAUACUUAUAGAAAUAAUCAAAAUAGUAGCUAUAGUGGUAACAUUGGAAACAAUAGUAGUAAUAGCAGCAGAAAAUCAAAUGUCAUUUUAGAAAGCUCAAAACCAAAUAUUGAUAUUACAGCUCCAGGUGCAAUUUUAGCUUUAUCAUUUAUUUAUUUAAAGACAAAUAAUUCAAAGAUUUCAAAUUAUCUAUCAAUUCCAGACACAUCAUUUGGACUUAAUUAUAUCAGACCAGAUUUAGUAUUAUUAAGGGUUUUGGGUAAAAAUUUAAUUAUGUGGGAUUCAAUUGAUACCUCAAUGGAUUGGAUCAUGCAAUCGACCCCAAGUGUUGUCUCAAAAAGCAUCGUUAUCGAUAAAAAUUCAGAAAAAAUAUUUAUUAAAUCAAAUAAUUCAAACUCACCUUCAAAUGAUUUCGAAUCAUUUAUUUUAAUUUUAUGUAAUACAAUUGCAGGUUCAGCUUUAUCUAUUGGUUUAAAAUUUGCAGGUUCACAGAAUGAAAAGGCAUAUUCAAUUUUAUUAGAUUUAAUUCAAAUGUUUAGAAAGAGACAGGUUUAUUUAAAUAAAUGUUUAUUAAAGAAAAGAAUUGAACCAACUAAUGAUAAAACUAUGAGGGUUACAACUGAAACAUGUUUGGAUGUAUGUGUACUUUCAUUAUCAUUAGUUAUGGCUGGUUCUGGUCACUUGGAAACAUUCAAGCUAUUUAGAAUGUUAAGAUCAAGAGUAGGCAGCGAAGUUUCUUAUGGUAAUCAUAUGGCAAUUAAUAUGGCUAUUGGUUUCUUGUUUUUAGGUGGAGGCCAAUAUACACUAUCAACCUCGAAUAUUGCUAUUGCUAGUUUGGUUUGCUCGCUCUAUCCUAGAUUCCCAAGUUCAAGUACUGAUAAUGAUUAUCAUUUGCAAGCUUUAAGACAUUUGUAUUUCCUUGCCAUAGAUCCAAGAUGUUUAAUUACAAGAGAUGUUGAUACCUUAGCCCCAUGCCAUGUACCAAUUGAAUUAACAAUUCAUAAUAGCAAUAGUAGUGAUCAAGAGGAAAUUUUAAAUCUUGUCACACCAUGUUUAAUCCCAGAGGUUUCAAAAAUUAAAUCAAUUAAAAUCAAAUCACCAAGAUAUUGGAAUGUUUUUAUAAAUAGAAAUAACCACCAUAAUCAAAGUAAUCUCAAAAACCAUCCUGUAAUAUUUUUAAAAAAGAAGAUUGGUCAUUUACCAUACCACGAAGAUCCAGAAGGUUUUAGAAGUCUUUCAAAGAGUUUCCCUAAAUCAGAAUCGAUUGCUCUUUACUCAUCAUCUAGAGGUUUCCAAAAAAGUAAAGAAGAGUUUUUAAAAUCAUUUAUUUCUGAUCCAAAUUUAUUAGCCUUUGCAAAGCAUUUUUGUUCUAAUCAGUUUAGCGAAUUUGAAAACUUUAACAUUAAAAUAUUAUAUGAAAGCUUAAUAAAAGACACUCCAGAAGCAAUACCUAUAUUACAAUUAUUAAAUGAUAUUGGUAAUAAUUUUGAAAAAUAUUCAAAUUCAAACACAACAAUAGUCUUGGAUAAUCUUAAAAUUAUUAACAAAUUUUAUUCAAAGUGGAAUGACGGUUACGAAUUUUCUCUUCAAGAUAACUGGUUAGUCCAAUCAUCAUUCCUAAGCUCAAUUUCAACCAAAAUCGAAAAUUAUUUUGACAACGAAUUAUUAAACGAACCAAAUAAUAGAAAACUUUUAUUAAAUUAUUUAUUAAAUGGAGAAUUACCCUCAACAAAUCAAUUUUCGAACUCAACCAUUAGGAAAUUUAUUGCUUUUAUCGCUUUUUAUAAUUUACCAAAUCCAAAAGAUUUUGAAAUAUACAAACCUUUAUUAACAUCACAAACAGUAUCAUUUUAUCAACUUUGGUCAAAAUUAAAUAUUAAUUUUAAUUCAAUUAAUAAAAUAAUUGAAAUUAUAAAUAAAUAA